UACAAAAACCAAAGCACUUUAGGUAAGACAGAAAUGAAGUCAAUAAUUCAAGAACAUAUCUAUGGAGCUUACAAAUUUCUCCGAAAUGUCUCAGACGACGAAAGCGAUCAAGAAGCUGCAGAAGAAGAUAAAGAAAAUAAUCACGCCAUUUCGUCCAUGGAAGAGGAUGACCACAACAAGACGACCAACUUGCAAACUUUCUGGAACAUUUUUAAUUCAAACCAAGGAGUUGCCAUAUUGGCCAUGCCAUAUGUUGUCAAAAGUGGAGGUUAUAUGGCUCUUUUCAGCAUACUUGCCAUAGCCUUUAUUUCCAACUUUACCAAUAAGAUUCUGGUGCAGUGUCUGUACGAAUAUUCACCAGAGCAGAUCCCAUUCCGAGUUCGAAACAGCUAUGUCGAAAUCGGAGAAGCGUUUUCGCCGAAAAUCGGGCGACACCUGGUCAACGCGGCGCAAAUGUUUGAACAGCUCUCGUACUGCACGGUGCUGUUGAUUCUGUGCGGUUCCAUUUUGGCCUCCACGUUUCCCUUCGUGCCGCUUUAUCAAAGCCAUUGGACAGCGUUAGGAGCCAUGCUUCUGCUUCCAAACAUCUUUCUCAAAUCUCUCAAAGAAGUAUCGUGGGUAAGUUUCCUGACGGUCAUGAUCGGAGGAAUCAUUUACCUCACGGUCACAAUGUACGGCGUCCUUCAUCACGAGCGCUGGAAUUUUGCAUCGCUACCCGAUUUCAAGCUGAAGAGCUUCGGUGCAGCUGUCGGAAUCGUUGUUGUGAGUUAUUCAUCGCAGCCUUACAUGCCAGCAAUUGAAGGUAGCAUGAAAGAGCCCCAAAAAUUUAGCGUUAUAAUGAACGUCACCUACAUGGCCAUAACCUUAGUGAAGGUCAGCUUUGGCCUCAUCGGAUAUCUCACGUUCACUCAAGACACAGACCAAGUCAUAACCAACAAUCUCCCCAUCGGUGGACUUCAUGUGUGCGUUAACCUACUCGUCCUUCUACUGGCCGUUACAUCGUUCACAAUACCAGUGUACACAGCAUUCGACACUCUGGAAAACAUUGAGUUUCCCUGGUGUAAAGUAGACAGUCCCAGCCAGGCAAAAGACACAAUUUCCUACGCACAGGCGCUUGCAGCGCGCUUGUGUAUAGUUUCCUUUACGUUAUUCGUAGGAGUGUUAGUUCCUCAUUUUGGUUUAUAUCUAGCUUUAGUCGGUAGCUUUACAGGAAUGUGUCUAGCAUUUAUUUUUCCGGCGAUUUUCCACAUGAAAAUCUGUUUUUCUAGAAUGCAAUGGUACGAUUUUGUUGUCGAUUCAGCAGUCGCCUUCUUUGGGCUGGUUGGGGCAAUUAUAGGUUGUCAUUUUUCAGUUUUAGCUCUGAUCGCAGAGUAUCAAAAACACGAACUUUAAGGAAUGGCCCUUUCAAAAAGGGAAAGAAGAAAUUCUAUUUUCUUCGUAAGCGUCAAAGUAUUCAAAUAAGCUUGUGUUAUACCAUUCAUUUGAAUUUUAUAUUACAGCUGAUUAAUUUUAACUGUCGCCUAAAUUGACUUUUUUGCCCUUAAAGAUCUCGCGCCAAAAUUCUGUGGUUUCAAGGGUAAAGAAAAACUAGACAUUGCAACCAAUGAUGCCUUUUUAUGGAUCCAAGAAUAUUUCAAAUGAAACCAAUAUUAUUGCAGUUAAUUAUUGACCGCAAAAACCGACAACCUUCUUGAACUUGCCAAAUUCAAAUUUCAGCAAUGAAUUGAAAAAUUCAACAGGGGAUUAAAGUUCUAUGAAAAGUAAACUUAAAAUUUUUUUAGCCAUAGCUAUUGUUGCUUUUGACCCCAAAAAAACUUCAUUUAAGCAUAUGGGAAAAGGAAUUAUGACAACUCGUUAACGACGUAUGUUAGAAUUUCGCAAAUGAAUUAAAUCAUAUCUCUUCGCAAGCAAACAGAUAUAUAAAUAUAAGGAAUUUCUUCUCGAAAUAACAGAUAACUUCUGUAAUUUAUACCAUAUUGUUAGUAUCAUUGACUGAACUAUAAUUCUGAUCGAUGAAAGCUAACUCAGGAAAGUUCCGGCUGCCAAGUGCAUAUUUAGUAUAUGUAUAUUUACCGAGA